GCCACCAAUUCUUUUUUGGCGAGGCGGACGUAUCACGUGCGUUCUAGAGCCUUUUGGGUUCAGCCUACAAACUCGCUGGUUGCUGCCCAUUCCUCCCUCCAUUCAACAGCGCCCAACUGCCAUGAUCGACAACGCCGAACUGAUCAAGCAAGGAGCUGAAGCAAAGGUCUAUUUGACUCCGUACCUCCAGCGCAAGGCUAUUAUUAAGGAGAGAUUCCCCAAAACAUACCGGCACCCAACUCUAGACAAGAAACUGACUUCUCGUAGAGUCAUCCAGGAAGCGCGAUGCCUAAACCGUUGUCAAAAGGCUCAGAUCGAUACCCCGACUGUCUACUUGGUCGACGUUGACCGCUCACUGAUCUACAUGGAACAUAUCGAAGGCUGCUCCGUCCGCGAGUUCCUCGUCACAGCCGAAGGACAGGUUCCCGAACGACAAACAGCUCUGGCAGGAGAGAUCGGUCGAGCCCUGGGGCUGAUGCACAACAUCGAUGUUGUCCACGGAGACUUGACAACCUCGAACCUCUUGAUGCGAGAGGAGUCCGGAUCCGUAGUUUUGAUCGAUUUUGGAUUGAGCUAUGUCAGUCAGUUGAUUGAGGAUAAGGCUGUAGACCUCUAUGUACUCGAGCGUGCCUUUAUAAGUACCCAUCCUAAUACAGAAGUCAUGUUCGCCCAGAUCAUCGAGGCCUACGGUAAGAGCUGUAAGGCAUCCAAGCAAAUCCUCAAGAAACUAGAAGAUGUACGUCUGAGAGGCCGCAAGCGUAGCAUGCUUGGUUAAUUCCAGAAAGCAAAGAAAAGAAAAGAAAAUAAUAAAGUGCAAUUCAGGCGAUACAUCGGCG